ACUUCAAGGGUUGUUCUGCACAGGCUUUCUAGAGUUUACUGCUUGAGCUGAGUUGCUGAGUGUGAGGAGUGGAAAUACUCUUAUCACUACUUUUCAGCUGCCCAAAACUCAGGAGCUUGGCUUGUUCAGUGAGAAGUGAACAGGAUGUUACUGCAGCUCUGCUUUCCAGGAAUGAGAAAGCCUUUCUUGGCUCCACAUGGGAGAACAGGAAAAUUUAAUUUCUGUCCUUGCAGUCCUGGACUCCUUUCAGCUCCGAGCCAGCUCUGAAUGUGUGGCAGUACCUUCCCAUGGCUGCGGGGGCUGCUGGAAGCUCUUUUGUUUCCAGGAGGUUUCAGCCUGUCCCUUCAUGUCAUCUCUUCUUCUGCCUGGGCACAGCAGUCACAGUAAUGCUGGUUUAUUCUCCAGAGUGACCAAGGGAAGUUGCACUCCUGCUGCUACCACCCCUGCAUUUAUUAUAAAAAAUAUAAUAAAAGCUGUUUGUAUUCCUUACUGUUAAUUUACUGUCAUUGGCCACUGGUAAGGGAGGGCAUAAGUAGAAAUACCCAGAGGAAAGGACAGUGAACAUGGAAUAUGCACAAGAAUUAUGGUCUGAAACUUGACAGGGACAAUGGCAUAGAACCACUAGAAAAUCAAUUCAUUUUUUAGUUCAAAAAGAAAGGUAACAGAUCUAUUCAGAUCUUAUUGUAGUAAUGGAAGUUAUCCUGUCCAACUGCUCAAUAGGACAUAAAACAGCAGCUGCUCAUUAUAAACACAGUUACUUGUGCAGAAGUGAGAAAUGAGCAUGCAGAACACAGGGAGGGUCUGGCCCAGUUGCUCUGGGAGGUGUUAAUACUGAUUUUAACAGCUUGAACCACUGCAGAGUUCCCAGCUGUACAAAUCAGUUGGUGACAGUGGGGAUGUGAUAUGCCAUCCAAACUGGAAUGGCCAGCGAGGGAAGGUACUGCUGGUUUGGUGCUUCUGGUGUCAGAACACUUCCAUGGGGAAAGUAAUUUCUAAGAAGCUUUAGAAGCUGCUCAGGGAGCCAUUAGCAGCCAGUCCUGUGAAGGUACUUGGAUGUUUGCUUCGGAUCUUCUAUGACUUGAUUUUAAAAAUAAAUCUAUGUAGUCUACAUCAAAUACUCUUAAAAUUGGUUAGCUGCAAAAUUCAAAGAGUUGCAACUGGGAAAAUAAACACCCAAUGAUGCAUUUCUGGGCUCCUUCAAAGAAAGAUGUGAUGAUCAACAUUUGUGACUUGGGAAAUUUGUAAGGUGAUAUAUUGAGGAUGGGAUGGUUGGAAUGAACCAGUCUGGCAGUUCAGCAAAGGGGGUUGACUGCAACAACUUUGGGUUUAAUGUAUUCAGGAACAAAACAGUAUUUAGAAACUGCAUCUCUGCUCCUUAAAAGUAUUUUGAUUUCCAGCUUUCAUUGAUUUCAGUAGGAGAGAGUAAUUUGGAUGACUUUGAGGAUCUGGGCCAAAGAGUGAGGCAGCCUCUGCAACACAGGAAACACUGCCCUGGACAGGAGCACCACCAGGUUCUGAAAGUCAGAAUCAGCAGCAGCAGGGCCUGGCAGCUGAUUCUGACUUUCCCCUCUAGUUAAAAAACAAUUGCACAGCUUCAAAUUUCAUGGAAUAUCAACUAGCAGUGGGACAGUACUACCUCUUGUACAGGGCAGAUGUGAGGCCAUUACAUGAACAAUAUCCCAUUCCUAGUGUUAUUUUUUUAAAAAAGCUCUGGUAAACAUCAUGUAGGCAGGUGACAUUUCUAAAGCUAUCAUUUAUGCAGCAUGUUUUCAUGAGGCUCCUAAUUUUCUCAUCUGCCACUUUUGCUUUUUCUCUUCACUUGGCUAGUCAGUGUAUGUGUUCCUUAAAAUCAUUUCAUAUUACUGUGUGGUAAAUUACUCCAGCUUUUUCUGUAACUUCCUGGGAAAAAUUACUUUUUGUUUUGCUCCCCAGAGGAUUCCCAUUGUGUUUGGAGCAGCCUUCACUGCUCUCUGUAGUUCCCAGCUGCGUGGCUGAGCCAGCCCGUGAACCAGCCUGGGGUAAGAGUGAAGGGGAGGGCAGCUCAGGUGCCAGGUGCUGCUGCCAGUGCUGAAUUUUUAAUGUUUAGAUGCUCAUAGAUGCUGAGGUUGGCACUGAAGGAGCUGCUGCCAGUUCUGCUCCUUCUUUCCUACUGUCUUGUUACACCAAGGAAAUGUAAAAGCAUCGCUGGUGCCGCUGCUGCCGGGGAAGGCAGCGAGAGCAGUGCUGGGUGUCGGUGAUGUGGGAAUGCUUUCCGAGUGGGGAAUCCGAGAAUAAACCUCCCUGCACGACACCCAAACCGUGGCAGUCCCUGCACAGAGGGGCCUGGGCUGGAUCAGUCUGUCCCAGGCUGGGACCUGCCAUUGGGUUUAUUGGAAGCGUGGAGUCACGCUGGUGCUCCUUCCUCUUUGCAAUGUCCACCCAAUAGGAACACGUGGAUUACUUACUCGCUAAGAGGUAAACUUGAAAAAUAGAAGUUAAAAAACUUAGAAGAUACCCACAACGACGAAUGGGAUGAAAUUCUUGAGAGGUUCUCUCCCUGUUUGAGAAUUUCUACCAGAUGAGUCAUGGCUGUCCCCAAGUCCUCCGGGGGAGCGGGAGCUGGCUGGGGACAGGCGCAGCCCCAGGGGCACCGCCGGCAGGAAAUGUGCUGUGUGCUGGGGGAUCCACAGCCUCCUACCCGCUGGGAAUGUGAAACUGCUGUCAAAGAGUCAAUAUCUCUGCAGAGAACUCUUAAAACACUUCCAGAGUGGCAAUACACAGGGCGCCUUUCCGUAGGUAGCAGUGGCAGCUGGGAAGAAAGUGAAGUUUCUCUGUGUGUGCAGCCUGACCCGAUGUCCCCCGGUGCCACCACGGCCCUGUGUGCUACAGCUGCAGGCUUCGACUCGCUGGAGGAAACUGCAAGUGAAGAAGUUCAAUGUUUGCUUCAGCUGAAGAGAGUAUUUCCCAAGUCCUGGCGGGAAAAGGUGAAAAAGAGGACCAGAGGAUGUUGCUAGUAGGUAUGGAGAUGACAGGAAGCCAUGACUAGAAGGGGGAUUGUCAACAGGAAACAGAGCACCGCAGCCAAUGUGACACUGCUGCACAGUACAGCUGCUGUGCUGUGCUGCCUGCUGGACUCUGAGGCCUGGGGAGCACUGGCUGUCUCCAAGAGAGAUUCUCCUGUCCGUUUGUCUGCUGGAGUUUGAAUUGUUCUGCACCUACUUAAUCCACUUUGCUGGAGCUGGCAAACCCUGGGGCUUUUUUCUUGUCACCAGCUACUGUAAAGUCCUUGAACAGCUAUGGGGAGCAAAAGGUGUGUGUGAGCCCUUUCUGGGCUGGCAGCCAAGCACUCCACGGACCCCGGGCAGCUUUGAGGUGUCUUGGCUGUUCAGUGCUCUGCAGAUAUGAACGCUGAGCUUUGGGCCUGGUUGUUCUCACCAUGCUAGUACAUGGGAAGGACGACUUCCUCUCAGACAUAGCCUACAUCAUCCUGGAACUGAUCAUUGCAGUGCUGGCCAUCCUGGGGAACAUCCUGGUCUGCUGGGCCGUCUAUUUGAACAGCAACUUGCAGAACGUCACCAACUAUUUUGUGGUGUCCCUGGCGGCUGCUGACAUUGCCGUGGGGGUGCUGGCAAUCCCCUUUGCCAUCACCAUCAGCACUGGCUUCUGUGCCUUCUUCUAUGGCUGCCUUUUCAUUGCCUGCUUUGUCCUGGUCUUGACUCAGAGUUCCAUCUUCAGUCUCCUAGCUAUCGCCAUCGACAGAAUCAUUGCCAUCCGAAUACCCCUCAGGUACAAUGGCUUGGUGACCGGCUCUCGAGCCAAAGGCAUCAUUGCCAUCUGCUGGGUGUUGUCCUUCAUCAUCGGCCUGACCCCAAUGCUGGGGUGGCACAAGCGUGCCCAGAUCGAAGAGCUGGGUUCCAACUGGUCCUCUCCCAUCAACUGCAGCAACAGCAUGGUGGCGUGUCUCUUCGAGGCCGUGGUCACCAUGGAGUACAUGGUCUACUACAACUUCUUUGCCUGUGUGCUCCUGCCCCUCCUUCUCAUGUUUGGUAUCUACUUGAAAAUCUUCAUGGCAGCCCGGCGCCAGCUCAAGCAGAUGGAGAACAAGAUGGUACAUGGGGAACGUUCCCGCUCCACGUUGCAGAAGGAAGUCCAUGCAGCCAAGUCUUUAGCCAUCAUUGUUGGGCUGUUUGCAGUCUGCUGGCUUCCACUACACAUUAUUAACUGCUUUACCCUUUUUUGCCCAAAUUGUGCCCAUGCUCCCCUCUGGCUGAUGUAUCUGGCUAUUAUCCUGUCUCACGCUAACUCGGUUGUAAACCCCCUAAUUUAUGCCUACCGCAUCAGGGAGUUCCGAUACACCUUCCGAAAAAUCAUCAGCCAGCACAUCCUAGGCCGGAAGGAGCCCUUCAAGGCAGGGGCAGCCAGCUCCAGGACUUCCACCCAUGGUGGGGAUGCAGAGAACGCCAGCAUACGGAUCAGUGAGUAUGCGCUAGAGGUAUACACCAAUGGAGAGAUCCUCAGGGAUCCUGAAAAGCAGGACUUAAACAAAUGCAAAGCUGGCUUGGAAUGGCACCAGAAUGGAAAUGCUCUGGACUUGGAGACAAAUGGGCAUCUCCCACAUUCCUGCAAAAAUGGGAUUCUCUCAGAUGCAUGCCUGAACAGGGAGCUUCACAGUGAAGAGCUGAUUGAUGCCCAGGUAUCUUACUCAGAUCUGGAAAGAGCAGCCUUUGCUGCAGCUGAUGUUUCCUGAUGAGACUUUCAAAGUUUUCCUGGUAGAAUUAUUUUUUUUUCCAUUGGUGACCUCUGCCAUGGCAGAAAGGGAGGUUGGGGGGCGGGGGGAGAGCAGUGUAUUCAGAUCGCUGUGGAGAAAGGGGUCCAUAUCCAGGACUAUUGGAUGAUCCUAAAUACCAGACUGGAGAAAAGCCAAGAGACCACUGAAGUGGACUAAGGAAGGAGGGACAUGUUACCCAUCAAUGACCUGUCACCAAGAGCAGUGCCAAGGUCGAGGAUGGCAUUCCAGGUUCAGCACUGGGAGACUGCUGAUGCAGAGAUUUUGUGACACUGUGCUGUACUGUGCCUGUGGUUGAGUGCUGGUUUCGCUGUCUUUUACCAAUGGAAACAGAAGCACGGCUGGAAGUAUUUGCUGAAUAACAAAGAACAACUGGGAAGGGCCUCAAAGUACUGUGGCCCUGCAACAAGCAGAAGGGGGAUAGCAAAAUCUGUUGUCAGGAAGGAUGGCAGGAGCUGCUUGGAGAGGGAAGGAAUUUGCUUGAUGGGAACUCUGGAUACUUUCAACCAUGGCACUUUGUUUUUCAGUUUGUGUUUUUAAAGCUUAUACUGCAACAGGUUGCUCAAAUGAUUUUUUUCCCCACAUGAUGGUAAGGUUACUUUAUGUUAAGUUAUAAAAGAUGGGCAAGAACUCAUAUCUGUUCCCUGAGUGCUCAGUGUUCCAGAUGCACAUAGCAAAUAUAGCUUCUUAGUGCUCCACUGUGUCAAACAAAUCACCAAAGCUGAGCCUUGCCAAGGAUUUCCCUUGGCAAAAGGGCUGUUAGCAGGACGUGGUGCUGCAGGCCAGGGCUGUGGGCAGGGUUCUCAGGGCAGAGCUGUGAAGAGCUGUGGGUGUGUGAGCUCUUUGUAGGCUGAUGGCAUUUUCUGCUUUCCCCCUGUCUCUGUGCUUCUCCUCCCGAGCUCCUAGAAUGCAAAUCCUUUCCAUGGACCCAGAUGUGCGUGAGGGGAGGUAAUAUUCCAUAUUUCAGUCACCUUCAUCCUCACUCCCAGGCUGAGGGACUUCUUUCUUCUUUCUUAGGAUAGAGAGCAACCCACUCACAUACUUCACCUGAUUUUGGAAUUCCAACAAGCUCUGUUUAAAAACCUUUUCUCCUGUGAUUUCAGUUUUUUUAUUGUGAAGCCUGAUGUGUCCCUGUGGUGCAGAGGCCAACAGACCUGGGCCUGUCUGUUUAGAAGAUGCUCCUGCUCUGAGAAGCUGAAAGGUGUCAGUAGCAUUGGAACUCAGUUUAGAAACUGCAGUUUUUACUUUCUGUAGAAAAGAACAGGCAAAUCUAUCCUGCAGCAAGUGUACACACUGCUGUGGUUUGUUGCAGAGGUGUUUCAUUGCAGUUUGGUAAUUCUCUGUGUCACAGGAAGUCUGGCAGCUCAAGGACAGCAGAAAACCACAUCAGCUUGAAUUCCACCUGAACAUUGUCUGUGUUUUGUUUUUCAGACAAAUAAUCCAUGUCCAGUACUACCAGCCUUCUGGGGAGACAAGCAGUAGUGGUCCUACUGGGAAAUGAAAAGUCUUGUCAUUCCAGGGAUCUGAGGCUUAUUCUCUAGCUGAAAAUAUCAGAAAUAUCCUCCCCCAAUCUGGGUUCUCCUUGUGUAUGUCCACUAACAUUUCAGAAGCCAAGGGAAACUGGAUUUUCAUACUUGAGGAAGAGCAGGUUAAUUUUGCGUGUUCUUAUUCCAUGUUUAUUUUAUAUAUUGUGAACUAUUAAAAUGAAAAAAAUAGUUUUAUUUUGAGGAGAAUUUUCUUUUUUCCAGUUUCCCUGCACACGUAUGGGGAGAAAUUUGUCGUGCUGAAUGUGUUUGGGUAUGUAGCUCCUCUGGGAUAGCAUAAAAUUUACUGUGAGAUGGAUAAAAAGGUGUGGCUACCACCACAGUCCUUAGCAGAAGGAGAGGCCAGUUUGUAAAACAAUAGGCUUCAUGGUUUAAUUGAACUGCUGCUUUCUUGGCAGGGCUCUUCCCCAUAGUCUGACGUCAGAGGAGAGGAUUAUCACUCCAGUGAUACCACCAUUAAGGAACACUAAGCCAUUUCCCUGUGACUGACGUCAUAGGUAGUUCCUCCGUAGGUGACUCGGGAUAUAGUUACUCUUGAUCCUUCUUAAUGGAAUAUUUCUGUAGGUUAUUUGUGUGGUAGCUUCUCUGACCUCCUGUAACAGUGGCAGAGGAACUCAGGAAAAUGGGGGGCUGUUCUCUUCAGGCCUCGGCUGGGAGCUAAAAUGUUUCUAAGAAUAACACAAGAUUACAUCCGGCACUCAUGUCAAUAACAAUUAGGUCCACAAAGACCCAGAGCAGGGAAGGAAGUGUGGGAAAAUACCAGCAUUGCUCAUGUGCUGGAACACGCAGAAGUGCAGAAGAGUUGCCUGUUGAGCUGUAGCUGCCACUGUAAAGGGAUGGUUUGCACCGCAUUGGAUCAGACUUCCAAGAGCUGGUGUGGAUUGGCUGCUUUCUAUUGUUUCCUGAGCAUCUCCACACUCACUUAUGGCAGUUUCUUGCUUGGUUGCCCCAAGAAUCAAGUUGAUCUAUGUUGAUGGACAAGCUUAGGAUUGUUUUGCUUUCCAGAUUGCUCUGGAAAACUUUCCUGCCCAACGAGAUCACCAUGCAAACUUACUGACUUGCCAGAUAUCUUGAAUUUAGCUUUUGUGUUGCUGCUUGAGCUGCCCCCAAGUGUAUCCAGUCCCUUUUAAUAUUAGUGAUCCAGACUUGAAGUGAAAAGGGUGUGUGAAGGGGGUGGGCUGUGUGCAGGAGGAAGGGCAGAGUAUGGAGAGUGUGGUUUGUGGAGCUCUCUGCAGUCACAGGAAGAAAGGGAUUGCAGCUGCACCACAUGCUAGGCCUUCUGGCAAACAUUUGGCUGAGAUGGACCCUCAGAAGAUAUUUCUGCAGCAGUUGGGGAGAGCAGGAGCUUUUUGAACAAAUUUUGGACUUCAUAUUUCUUGUUUCCUAGGGAUCAUAAUUUCAGGUCUUCCUGCUUUUUGGUUUGUUUUUCUUAAAAAAGAAAGAAGCACUAGGUCCCAUCAGCGAAAUGUACUCUUUCCUUCUCCUGGCAGCUCUCCACCCUCGAGAGAAGUACCUGCCUUCCAAACUUCCUAGGACCACUCAUAUCCCCAGUUUUCUUCAAGCUGGAGAAUGUUUAGCUGAUCCAGUUGUUCUGGAUAAACAAAGAUGGUGGCAAGACAAAGGGAAGAAUGAGGUGACUAUCAGGAGAGGCUGGAGAAGACCUUCUUGGGAAUCCCAGGUGAAGUGGGUCCAGAGAGUAGGAGCUGAGGUCAGCAGACUAAUUUCAUUGAACGAGAACUUCUUGCUAAAAAAGUCAGAAGCAGCAUAGAGAGAUGAUGUGCCUCAUUUGGCAUGUGGGCAUUCCAUGAAUAUCCCCAUUCCCUGAAGACUCUUAAGGCUCCAGAGUUUAUUUGCUUUAUAAGAAUUUUGGAAAAAACGAAGUUUGAUCAGUUGCCAGGAGUAAUUUUACCAAGAGUUCUUGGGGCUCUCUCCUCAACAGGGCACUGCUUUUCUGUGUGUGCAGAUAAAUGCACUUGCAGCUGUGUGCUGCAGAGUCCCUUUUGGAUCAGUGACAUUUCAGAGCUCUGCAAGCUUGAACUGCGGCUCUUGAACUGAGAAGCAAUUUGGCAUGGUGGGACAGGUGGGAAUACUGGAGACAGAAAGGAUUUCUUGCUGGUCCCAGCUGGGGGCCAGCUAGGACCACCUGCUAGGGUGCAGGUGGACUUGGAGUGACAUAGAAUAAUCUGAACCUUUGAUCAUUUUUUGAAGCUGCCUCAGGGGAUGCUGGUGGAUACAGAGAAGUCUCUGAGGUGCGGGAGACUGGAGGGUCAGGAUGGACAGGAAUUCUUGGUAGUGAAGGAGCAUUUGUAGAGUAGGUGUUUGGGAGGAUUUCAGGGGAGCAGGAAUGUGCUGGGAGGUGCUGUGGGGUGUAAAGAUGAUGCUGGCAUGAGACCAAGGUGUGACUUGCUGAGGAAGGUCUCUGGAAGGGAUGUACAGCCUUACAGCUCUCCUCGGGUCACUGCAAGGAUCAGCCCUUCCUGGGGUGUGCUCAGGGUGUCACAGGAUUGACUUUGUAGGGUCUAUAUUGACUGAGGCAGGGAUGGUUCUUAUGGAUUAUGUCCUUUCCAGAUACAUUGUUCCAUUUCAUGAGCACAUCCAGGUAUAACAAAUCCCCUUCUGCUUCAUGAGCAUGGGCCCUACCUUAAAACCAAAUCCUUCCAUCCAAGUUCUUUGGAAGGACAAACAGGCUGCAGUGGUGCUGCAAGGCAUUAGCAUGCAAUAGUCUCCAGUGGUGUUUGCUAAGUUCAGCUGCCUGAAAGUCAGUUCUCUCCCAAAU